GGCGGAGUCGCGGCUGGCGAGCCGGGAGGAUGCUGCUGUCCCUGGUGCUCCACACGUACUCUAUGCGCUACCUGCUCCCGAGCGUCCUGUUGCUGGGCUCGGCGCCCACCUACCUGCUGGCCUGGACGCUGUGGCGGGUGCUGUCCGCGCUGCUGCCCGCCCGCCUGUACCAGCGCGUGGACGACCGGCUUUACUGCGUCUACCAGAACAUGGUGCUCUUCUUCUUCGAGAACUACACCGGGGUCCAGAUAUUGCUAUAUGGAGAUUUGCCAAAAAAUAAAGAAAAUGUAAUAUACUUAGCAAAUCAUCAAAGCACAGUUGACUGGAUUGUUGCGGACAUGCUGGCUGCCCGACAGGAUGCUCUGGGACAUGUGCGCUAUGUACUGAAAGACGGGCUAAAAUGGCUUCCAUUGUAUGGGUUCUACUUUGCUCAGCAUGGAGGAAUUUAUGUAAAACGAAGUGCCAAAUUUGAUGAUAAAGAGAUGAGAAGCAAGCUUCAGAGCUAUGUGAAUGCGGGGACACCAAUGUAUCUUGUGAUUUUCCCAGAGGGAACAAGGUAUAAUGCAACAUACACAAAACUCCUCUCAGCCAGUCAGGCAUUUGCUGCUCAGCGGGGCCUUGCAGUAUUAAAACACGUGCUGACACCAAGAAUAAAGGCAACUCACGUUGCUUUUGAUUCUAUGAAGAGUCAUUUAGAUGCAAUUUAUGAUGUCACAGUGGUCUACGAAGGGAAUGAGAAAGGGUCAGGAAAAUACUCAAACCCACCGUCCAUGACUGAGUUUCUCUGCAAACAGUGCCCCACACUUCAUAUUCACUUUGAUCGCAUAGACAGAAGUGAAGUUCCAGAGGAACAAGAACACAUGAAAAAGUGGCUCCACGAGCGCUUCGAGAUAAAAGAUAAGUUGCUCAUAGAAUUCUAUGAUUCACCAGAUCCAGAAAGAAGAAACAAAUUUCCUGGGAAAAGUGUUCAUUCCAGACUAAGUGUCAAGAAGACUUUACCGUCAGUGUUGAUCUUGGGGAGUUUGACUGCUGUCAUGCUCAUGACGGAGUCUGGAAGGAAACUGUAUAUGGGCACCUGGCUGUAUGGGACCCUCCUUGGCUGCCUGUGGUUUGUUAUUAAAGCAUAAACAGGUAGCCGGCUGCAGUCAUUGUCUCUUACUGAUGGCUACACAUCGUGUCACAUUGUUUCCUGAAUUAAAUAAGAAGUUUUGUUUUUUGUUUUUUGUUUUUUGUUUUUUUUUAAACCUUGAUGAUUGAACACUGGAUAAAGUAGAGUUUGUGACCACAGUCAACGUGCAUUUGAUUUGGGGCGAACACAUGUGGCUUUUUAGGUGCUGGGGUUGCUGGAGACAUGGAAGCUAAGUGGAGUUUAUGCUUUUUUUUUUUUUUAAUGUUUUCAUGAAUUAAUGUCCACUUGUCAAGAUUAUUGAAUGCUGUCUGUAAUUCAGAAGGUUGUAUUUUAACAUUAGUUUGCAGUGUGUUUCGCUAUACUGUUUAUCUUCCAUUUGACUACCUGCCAGCUCAGACUCUUAAUACUAAAAUAUUUUAUAUUUUGAAGCUAUGUGAUACUGGGUUUUUGUUAAUUUCUGAAAGUCAAUGAAAGACACUGUAAUGCUGUGUUAAGAUGUUCCAAGAAAAAGGUGAGAAAUAUUCAUGGCAAAAAAGAUCUGUCUAGUGUAUAUUUUUAUUAUAUUGCUCUAUUUAGCUAAUUUUCUUUAUAUUUGCAAAAUAAUGAACAUUUCUAAUAUUUAUUAAAAUGCUUAAUUUGCAUACCCCCUAUUCUACAGAGAAUAAUGUGUAAAGUGUCAGAAUAGACUUGACGCUCUGGUAUGACUCUGUCUCCUCUGGCAGAGCUUUUAGUAGCCCAGCUUCUGAGCUACUCUGUCAGUUCCUCCCAGCACCUGUGCCGUUAAGUACUUAUAAAUGUGAGGGUCCCUGUUAUUUUCAUAUCAGAAUGGACAUCCACAGAGCUCUAAGGUGAUGGAAGUCUGCCAGCAUCCUAUCUGUGCUAGCACGUGCCUUCUGCCUGGCUCCCUUUGCUUUGGCACUGCAUUUGGUCUGGAGUGCAGGUGCUCAUGGUUGCUCGCUGCUUGUUCCAGCCCUGGCUUGCUGGCUUGGUGUCCUCCAGUGGUGCUGUUCAUUGUUGGGAUGCAGGUAGUGUUGCCCUGGUUCAGAGGGGCAUCUCCCUGGCCCCUGACGUGAGCCUCCUUGGCUACUACAAGAGUGUUGUGAAUUUGUUUAUGGCAAGAAACAUCAGGAUUGGAUAAACUUGUUAUUUCUCUUUAAUUUCCAUGGAGCCACACUGUUGGUACAUGUCCCCUGUGAACAGAGCUACCUUCCAGGACCAAAUCACACUGUUGUGAGUCGUGGGACGGUGUGUCCUAUGGGAGGAGGCUUUCUAAAGUGUGAUUUGCCAUAUUUCUAUGUUGCAAUUUAAGCGUCAUUGCCUACUAGUCAUUCAAGGUAACAUUUCUGCAAACUUCAUACAAAUUUUUGUCACAAAAUUACUAUACCAAUGAUCUAGUUGAAAUAGACCAAUUGAAUCACAAUAAAUAAUUUUUUUCUAAAA